AGACGCUUCUUCUUCUUCUUCCCGUUUUCGGUCGCAGUUGUUCGUGAGAUUACAAAUGAAAACAAUAUUCUGCUGGGUAGGCGUAAAUUAAGUGAAAAAUUCUUGCUUAUGUAGCACCCGAAACUGCGCCACAAUGAAUCACACACUGUUGUACAGUAUUACGCUAGUGAUAGUAUUCCAUGUAGCCACUACACAGAGCCAAUCGUACGAAGAUAAACGGUGCAAAUGCAUCUGCCCGAGCUUCAAGACGGCGGACAACACCACGCAGGAGGGAACCGACCGGAUGCUCAUAAUCGAUAAUGUCCCACCGAACAAGUGCAACUGCGACGGUGUCAUCCUGCCCCGGCUGGUGGGCAAAAUCAAGGGCAAGGGGCAGGAGAUCUGUCCGCGGUGCGAUUGCAAGUACGAGAAUCGCAACACGACCAUCAUCAAGGUGGUGGUCAUCAUUGUGAUAUGGAUCAUUUCGCUGCUCGUUAUCUACAUGCUGUUCCUGAUGUGUUUGGAUCCACUGCUGAACAAGCGCGUGAAAGCGAACUACCAGGAGCACACGAACGAAGAUGUGAUUAUCGCCAGUGAUAGUAUCAGCGGGUCGCCGGCGGGCGGCACCACUGCUAGCAUUAAUAGUGGGGCGUCGUCGCGCCUGUUUCGCGACACGUAUAGAAAUAAGUACAGCGGAAGCUUCGUAACAACGACGAUUGCGGCCCGUUCGGGCGACAGCGACGAGGGUAGCGAGAGUGAGGUGGACUUUUUGGCCCCGCACCAUCGCACCCAAGCAUACGGCGAUCGUGAGCGGGUCCGCUUGAUAAGUGAUUGAGGGGCCUUCUUGUGAAGGCCCCGACAGCAGCGGACGGCGACGACUAUCGUCGUUGUUACGAAAUGUUCCUACCACCAGACAGACAUGGACGCAGACAUUCCCCGACUCACUACACACACACACACACACACACACACACACCAGUCUGGACUGCCAUUUAUUCCACUUUCCGAUGCCCGGAAUAAAAACAAAGCGUAUCUGUUUCAUUUUAUAAUUUCGUACCCGUUUAUAAUUUCAUACCGUUUUUGUGUUAAAUUUUGGGCUUUUACACUAACUCCCAUUAUUAGAGCUCAUACCCCCUCGUCUGCUGUUACUAACACAAACUGUGAAGGGAGAAUCGGUGGGAUUUGUGUGUUUGGUUUCGUUUGUCUUGUUUUUGUCUUCCACCCCAACCAAUAAUCGUGUCUUAAACUGAUGACGAAUUAUCUCUCUCUACUUUCUUGCAGGACGACACCGCCGUCACCGUGGGCAAUGGGCAGGAUAUGCACGUGCGGGAGAAUAACGUGCUGAACCGGGUCGGCCACCAGCAGGACAAGUGGAAGCGACAGGUACGGGAGCAGCGACGCAACAUCUACGACCGGCACACGAUGCUGAACUGAGAAAAAUCACGGUCAGUGACGACGAGCCAAAACGAGUAAACUCAUCCAUCACAACACGCCGAAUGUGCAAUGUUUUGUAUUUCCGAUGAUCUGCAAAAGCUUUAGGAAGACGGGCAGCGGUUAUUCCAUGUUUUUUACCCCAAAAGCAUUGUGUCCGGACAAGCUUAUUACUGGAAGAUGAUGAACUAAAAGCUACUUUUGUUUUUUUUUGGUAAUUUAUGUAUUGUUGUGUUGAGUCGCUAACCCGUAUCCCGAAUGUAAUAACUGUGGCCGGAGAACGUGCGAUAUGAGUGCGGGUCCGGUCGGUUGAAGAAUAAACCUAAUUAGACUUUAUAGAUUGUA